GAUAUUAAUUGAGAAGCAAAUUAAUCUGAUCAAUUAGCAAAUUGUCUGUUAUAAAUGGCAAUUAGUGGUGGCAGGUAUUAUUCCGGUAAGAGCUAUGUAUGACAAACAGUUUAUUUCCAACCUUACGGCAUGCUGUAUUCUUUACAACCGUAUCUGAAGUACUUUGCCUUACUGGGCCUUGUGCCUUGGUCGGAGAGUUCCCAUUCUCAGUUCAUACUGAAAAUUUACUCGACUUUCCUUAUUGUUUUUAAUGCUGCCAGUUUCGUGAUUUCCAUAUAUUUCCCCCAGACUUCAGAGCCGUUCCUGUCUCUUAUAGUCAACAUAAUCGUUUUUGGAGCUAAGAUUUUGUGUGUCAUCGUCAUUUUGCUGCAGAUGAUAGUGAAUUACGAAGAUUACUACGUGUUCUGCAUGGAAAUUAAGUGUCUGGGACUGAGACUACAGGGGGAACUUAAGAUACAUGUAGGGGGAUUGAGCUGGCAGACGUAUGCCAAAGUUAUGGGACUCGGAAUAGGCUUUUUGGUGACAUUAAUACCACCGAUCUAUGUUUCUCUAAACUUAAGCCUCCUCUACUUUUGGUCCUCGCUCUCAUCAAUCCUUAUCAUUAGGAUGCAUUGUGUACUGAUGUUGCUUUACGUAGAUCUUUUGGGACGCCACGUAAGUCUGCUGGGCAGUCGACUCCGAAACGUUCUCGACUGCCAUCUGUUGGGCGCCAAUUGCAUUCUGGAUGGCGACUGCAAUCAACUUUGCUCUCUGGAGUUUCUGUUAGCCCUUAAGCAAAGCCAUAUGGAUCUAUAUCAUCUUUUCACCCACUUCAACAACCUCUUUGGCUGGUCCAUACUCAGCACCUACGUGGUUCUGUUUACAGACAGCACUGUCAACCUUUACUGGACCCAGCAAGUUCUGGCCGAGGUCUACGACUACCAAUAUCUUUAUGCCACAUUUUCAGUUUUUGUGCCCUCAUUAACCAUUAUUUUCGUAUUUUGCCGAUGUGGGGAGUUUUGCAAAAGACAGAAUGAACUGAUUGGAAGUUAUUUGAGGAGCUUGUCCAGUCAUCCAUCGCCAGCCAGAGAACCGGCCUAUACUGAACUGCUCUUGGAGUUUAUCAUGCAAGUGGAACAGAAUUGGUUGGCUAUUAAUGCCGAGGGCUUUAUGGAGACUGAUAACUCGCUCCUAAUGUCGCUAUUGGCUGCAAAAGUUACCUACUUGAUCGUGCUUAUGCAGUUUAGUUCCGUGUAGUUGCCCUCAAACUUAAAUACAUACCUGCUUUAUUUUCAAAAUAUUUUAACUUUCCCUCCGUUAAAAAAAUUAGUUUAUCUAAGAUUAUACGGAAAUAGAACAGCAAAAACAAAAAUGUGAUUAGGCGAUUUAAACGGUUCAUCGGCGCAAUGGAAACUUUAUGAAUGAACUGACAUG